AUGUCCAGUGAUUAUUAUUUUAUUCAGUGGAAACACAUACUUGGGCGUCUCCAAGCAUUAGCUGAACUAGAUAUUGAAUAUCAGGAAAACAAAGUACGGGACAAGACACUAUGCGUAACGGUUCAGCAUCUGUCAGGUGUACUAGGCGGCUAUAUAGCAAUCUACAAUGCUGCUAAGGAAAACCUCGAAUACAAUCUACAGGUCCAGAAGAUUCCAUACAUCCAGGAUAUCAUCGCUACAGUUACGAAAAGGAUCUUAGAAUUAAAACACCAAUUAUCAAAACGAGAGAACAGCAACUAUCAAUUCAUAAGUCGUGGACUAACUGAUAAUAAGCUAACGACUGCUGAUAUUGAGUUUCGCGACAUUCCUAUGAAACCAGUAAGAGCCCCAGAGGCACAAGCCAUCAUUGACGAGGUGUGGAAGAAAGUUGAAGAACAGAAACAGAAAGCUGAGGAAGAAGAAAAGAAAAGAUUAUUAGAAGAGCAAGCACAAGAGUUAAGGGCAUCAGGACAGUCAGACUGGUGGAAUGAAGGCUACGUAGAGCCCCAAGACCGAUUCUCUGAGGAAAUUGAGGAGAAACAAGAAAAUAUUGAUGAAGAACAACUGCUACGAACACAAAUGCUUAAUUUGAUAGCUGCACAAGAGAAGUGCAGGCAAGUGACCAAAUGGAAGAAAUGUCAGAUACAGAAAAGGGCAAUGUGGGAGAAGGAGCUGUUAGGCACAGCUCGACCACAAGCAAGGAUUGAUGUACGAAAUAGAGGUGCAGCGCUUAUACAAAAAUUCUUAAGAGCGUAUUUUCUAUUGAAAAGAACAAAGUUCAAAGAUUGUAAGAGGGAUGAAUUACUAGGCCUUAGAAUAUGUGGUGGAUUACGUGACAAAAUAAGAUACCAAACCGAGGAGACAAUAAGUUUAAAACAUAUUGAACGUUUUAACAAAUACGAUACUGAACAAAAAAAGUUCUAUGAAACUACGAAAACUUUUUUUUUACAUAUGAAAGGUGACGAAAUUAAGGAAGACUAUAGAGAUGAAAUCAGGGGCUGGUUUAGGGACUGGUAUGAUAAAGCGUGGUACUUUUACGAUAUACCCAAAGAUAAUUGUGGAGGUUCAGCUCUUAUAUUAAAAGGAGAAACGCCGACACCAGAGCAGUGGUUAGAAGACUACGUACUAUACGAGCAGAUGAUGAUCGCUAAUAAGAAGAAAACCUCAGAACAGCUGAAGCAAGAAAAAAUGGCGGAAAAACUAGAAAAGAAAAGACUGAAAGAACAAGAGAAUAUAAAAAAAAGAAUGGAAGCACACAUUCUGAAGAAAAUGAUGAAGAAUCCAAAAAUGCACCCUGGAUUCAAAUAUCCAAUCUCUAAGGAAACUAAUCGUGUUUUAGAUGCAUUACAAAAAUACCAUACAAUAUGGGACCAAUAUGAUAAACUUGAGACUUUAGAUGUGAAGAAAGGAUUCAUAAAGGAAAUAGACAUGGAAAACGUAUACGCUGAAGUCAAAACAUUUCUUAGGCCGGCGGUAGAUGAUGACAUGAGAAUUGAGCAGAAAAAGCUAAAAACGGCCUUGAUUGACGAAUACGAGACGUUUGAAGAGGAAAUGCCGAUGAACGUGCCCCAAAAUUUUCCCAAAAUUAAAAAUCCUAAGAUAAACAAAGUCAAAAUUGGUAAAAAUGUAUCUGAACAAAUGGUGGAUUUAGCGCUAAAAGGUUUUUUGAAAGAAUACCCUCCUACCAAGUUGAAGGACUUUAAAGGAGAACCCAACUUCGCCGGUGAUGAUCUGCGCUGUAAUUUAAUUCGCGCUUUACCAUAUGGAGGUGAAACUAGGAAUCUAUGGUGGGAAAAUUGCAGAGAAGUCGGCAAUGGUUUCCGAAAAAUACUGUUGGUAGGACCCACAGGAAGCGGAAAGACUGUCUUAGUGCAUGUGAUGGCUACUGCUAAUAAUGCGGUUCUGUUCGAAAUACACCCCCGACAAUUUGACGAGUAUACAACGACUACAGUACUGCAGGACCUGAUUAAGAAUAUAAUAUCCAGCGCUAAAGCGGUCCAGCCUGCUAUAAUUUAUAUCAGACAUAUCCAACUGCUGUUCUAUAAGAAGUGGCCAACUUACGAGCCUGAAUUAAAUGUGGACUUAUUGAGGACCUUUCUCGUCAAGAAGCUAUGCAAAAGGUUUAAUAAAUCAGAUAAAGUUACUAUUAUAGGAAGUUGCGUGGACCCCUGGUUAACUAAUAACCGAUUGCUAAAACAAUUUCCGACAAUCAUAAUGAUGCCAAAUACAACGUAUACUACCACAAGAUUAUUCCUCGCAGAAUGGGUUAUCAACAACAGAAUGAUUCCUGCCGACUUCGAUGUAAGCUGUUUGGCUCAUGUGCUUCAAGGAUACACCUUUGGCUAUCUUAAAAGGAUGUUGGAAAUCUUCCUAUCAGCAGACAGGAUUGCAAAGAUAGCUGCCUAUGGUCUGUUUCCUCCAGAAAUUUAUGAUUUCGUAAUCCAAGACGAAGAGGCUACAAAAGUGGAAUACGACAAAUACCUAGAGUGGUAUUCUCAGAAAACUCCAUGGGGUAAGAAAGAGAAGCACCAUCUGGAAGAACAGUUGGAGUUUCAGGCCAUAUCGAAGAAAUAUGAAGAGAAGGCAAAGAAGAAGAAGAAAACCCAGUCGACGGCUAGCAGUGCUGCUAGUAGCUAUAGUACUCUGCCACCCAGCCGGCAAUAA